AUGGCCAGAGAUAAAGGUAUCCCAAGUUUCCUCUUUGGUUCUAGUAUGAUCUCUUUGUCGUGGGUAUUAUGUAUUGGGUAUUAUACAGAUAGUGUAUCUACUACUUGCGGAUUUUGCAUGAAGGGGUUUAAAGGAGGGGGUUGGAUGGUGAUGAUAGCUAGAGUGGUACUCGCACAACAAGAUGGUCUCAAUCAUCGAAAUAGGAUGCAUUAA